AUGGUGGCAGAAAUGCUGCUGGUGUCUCUGAGGUUGAGCCGGCUGGCCGUUGUAUCUGUUGUGACUGCGCUCGUUUCCGUUUGGCAGUUGGUCCAGUUUGAAUGGUCUUGGGAUGUUGUCUGGCUGGCCAACAACAUAAAGAGAUUUGUCGAUCUCGGCCGGGAUAGGCUUGAUCUCUGUGCCGAGCUCCUGCUCGAUUUUGUACAGGUUGAACCGGUCGUUCCAGUUGAUGAGGUUGAUGGCGAUACCAAAGUGGCCGAAUCUUCCCGAUCUGCCGAUUCUGUGAAGGUAUGUUUCUGCUGUUUUUGGGAAGUCAAAGUUCACCACCACGUUGACGGCCUGGAUAUCGAUACCUCUGGUGAGGAGGUCGGAACACACCAGGUUUCUGACCUUGCCCUGUCUGAACUCGUGGAAGACCUUAUUUCUGGCGGCCUGAGGCAUCUUGGCAUGCGAGUAGUAGCACGAGUAGUCCAGCUCUGUGAUUUUCUUGGAGAGAAGCUCCACUCUGUUGGUGGAGUUACAGAAGAUGAUGGACUGGUUGAUUUGCAGUUUCGAGAACAGCGUGUUGAGACAGUGAAGUUUCUGUUUCUCCUCCACGAACGCGUAGUAUUGCGUGAUACCCUUCAAAGUCAGCUCGUCCAUCAGAUUGAUCUCGUAGGGCUUCGCGGGAAGAACUUCAGGAUCUGCACAAUGAUGUUCUUGAACUCACGCGAAAGCAUCUUGUCGGCCUCGUCCAUGACAAACAUGCGACAUUCGUCAAACUCAGCCAGUUUUCUCGAGGCAAGGUCCAAAACUCUACCGGGCGUACCAACAAGAACAUGCACCGGGUCAUGGAGUCUCAUGAUAUCGUCUCUCAACGAGGUUCCUCCCGUGGUGACCAUGACCUGGAUUCCCAAAUGGGCACCCAGAGUCUUCACCACCUGUGAUGUUUGGAGGGCCAGUUCUCUGGUAGGAACAAGAAUCAGGGCCUGUAUUUUGUUGACCUUUGGCUUCAAUUUCUCCAGAGUAGGGAUCACAAACGCCGCGGUUUUACCUGUUCCAUUCUUUGCUCUCGCGAGAAUGUCUCUUCCCAUGAGGGCCACGGGGAUUGCCUCUUCUUGGAUGGGAGACGGUUUUUCGAAGCCAGCCUCGAAAAUUCCCAUUAAAAGUUCUCUUUUAAGGUGGAACGACUCGAACGUGUUGCCCUUGGUGGACAGCACGUCGUCGGUUUGGGGCCGCCCGUCCUUUUUCGGAAGAUUGAGGUUGGAUUUCCAGUCUUCGGACAUGAUAGUUAUUUUGGAGGAGGGAAAAUCUUUAUAUGUGCUUGGCCGGGUAAGCUGUGGAGAGGCGUUGUGUUUCAAGGGGGCCGACCUGAAACAGCGGGGGAAGGGCAAUGUGGGUCUUGUGGACGAGAAAACCAUCACUAGCGGUGUGUAG